AUGAACCCGCGGCUUCUCGCCAACGCCGCCGUUGUCGUUUUUUUGUCGCGUUCGUCGUCAAUUUAUCCAAUUCUUUGCCGUGUUCUUAUCAGGUAUAUAUUUUUGUUCUUAUUGUCAUUAUUAACUUCAGUUUUUCUUCCAUUCGGAACUUUUAAAAAAAAUAUCUUUUUUUGUUUUUUUAUAUCGAUCCGGACUUAUUAGUUUUUUUCCCUGCCUUUUUGCUGAUUUUUUUCCCAAGAAGUAAAAAUUGAAGGUUCUUAUUCAGUUGGAGGAUGGUAAUGGUACCUGGUUUUUGUGUUUUUGAAUUUUUCCCUGAUCCCUCAUUUUUCCUACCUUCUGUGAGUGAUAUCAAUGAUUAGGAAUCAUUUUUUUCAACUUUUAGCGCUCAUAACUUUUUUUCUUCCUUCAUGUUUUAUUUUUAUCCCGAGGUUAUUUUAUAGUCAAAACGAGAUUUAAAAAUGAAAAAUUGCGAGCACUUCCUCUUCUAAAAAAAAUCAAAAAAAUAAUUUUUUUCGACUUCCUUACAAGGACGGUCAUUUUACUUUACGGUUGAGAUUUCGCUGAAAGUUGGCCAGGAAACUCCUAAAUGUACCAGAUGAAGAUUCUGAAAGUCUCCACCUGCAAAAACUUCAAUAUCUUGAAAAACGACACCUCAGAGUCGAAGAAAAUCCUCAAAACAGCCUAUUUUGUAUUUUGAGCCCUUAUUUCUCGAAAACUGGGAAGUUUUACAGGUUGAGACUUUCAGAAUCUUCUUCCGGUACAUCAAGAAGUGUUCUGGCCAAAUUUCGAGGAAUUCCCAACCGAAAAGUAAAAUUACCUUGUAGGAUGCUUGAUUUUGAGUUGAUCCUCAGAAUCAGGCUCCUAAAAUGGUUCAAUUUUGGGCUCUUUUUUUUUGAAUUUAUUUUUUUUAUUAUUCUUUAUCUCUGGAUCUCCCUCUUCGAACUAAAGUUUGAGCAAAACUAGAAUCAUCUAAUCGCGAAGGCCAACAGAGAAAUCGAAUCAAACGCUUCAAACUAUAUAAUUUCCCGCCGAGGCGAUUCCCCCCAUCAAAUAGCCCCUAAUUAGGCGCCCAAAUAAGCGGCUGGCUGGUGGCUGGGAACAAAAUCCGAGUUGCAAACAAAUACGAGGCGAUAGACACAGAGAGAAUGCGCUCCAACGAUGAUGAUGACGAUGGACAAAAGUUGGAGUAGCAUCAAAUUACGGUAUUGUCGCGCGCGUGCAUUGUGUGCAAACACCGUAUCGAAUCGCCGCUCUCGCGAGCAGAUUAAUUGGUUUUUGUUUCUGUUCUCCGGGUCCUGAUUCCAUUGUUCUUCGGAAGAAAUCACGACAAACAGGGGGAAAAUCAGAAAUUUUAUUUUGAACGCGGGAAAAUUUUAAGGCAUACGGAUUUUAAAAGAGCUUUUGACAUAGAACAGAGCCAUCGAACGGUUUUAUCAUGAAUUUUUGAUAUUUUGAGAAGAAAUCCGUCAAAAAAAUAAUGGCAAAAAACGGUAGCGGCAAAAAGAUUCGAACCUUCGACAUAGGCUUCGCAAGCUAGCGCGCUAGCCACUGCGCCACGACCAUAGCUGUCGUGCCGCGUAGAGAUCCCUUCCAAACAUUGUCACGUGUUUAAGGAGGAAAACUUAAAAAAAUCAUAUCUCCAAAACGAAAAGUUUGUACAGAUAGCGACUAUGGGGGAUCGAUUCCCAGCUCACCAAAGAUUUUUUGAGCUAAUUUAUAAAAAAUUCCGAACCCUACGCAAAAAUGACCUUUCAUUUGAAAGGGUAUUAAUUUUGACAAGUUUAUGAUGUAAUUUAUGUGAUAAAUUUAUAGAUGAAUCAUCAAAUAAUAAAUAAAGUGUGAUUUUCCUGAAUAUUUUUUUUUCUGUUUUUCUACCAUUUUCCUAUACAAAUAAAGACCCUCAAAAGUGCAGAUUCUGAUGAAAUUUUGCAAACUUGGCCUUCAUGUCUUCUAUUUCUUGUGAGACCUAUUUAUUUUUGAGAAGUGCAGAUUUGACAUUAUUCCUUUUGAACCCUUACUCUAACAAAACGACGUAUUUCGAAAAAAAAAAACCGCAAAAUUCAUUGAUCAUUUGCCUUGAAAACUGCAAUUGCAUGUUCUCUCAUUGUAUUGUUUCCAACGAAAGUUGUUUUCGAUUCUUUUUCGCAAUUUUUUUUUCAAAUUGAUGGUGGAACCGGGAACCGUUUGAUUGAUGUUAAAGGUUCUGAAUUUGGAACGCAGACAUUUACGGGGAAAUUUUUUUCUUUUCGACGGCAUUAACCUAUUUUCUCUUUCUGAUAUCGUUUUCUGAAAAUGGGGGAGUUUUUUGGCGUCUUUCAUCACUUUUAUGGAAUUAGAAAAAAAAUCAGAGGAAUACAUUUUUGAUUAUUGAAUACCUCUUAUCUUUAUGUUUGGAAAGAGAUAGAUAAAUAGUUUGAAAAAGCCUUUUUUUAAAAUUUUUAUCAUGGAUUGUUUUAAAGGAGUAUAAUCCAUUCGCAACAUUUUUAUCAGUCUGAUUUCUCUGCAACUCUCUUCUAUUUACGUGUUGUUUUCAAUUUUCCAUGACCUAGGGAGAGAAAAGAGGGCGCAGAGUGGUCAGAAAUUUUUUUUGAAGUUGUGACGAAUUCUGUACAAAUUGAAGUUUUGCCCAAAUUUCCUCAGAAAUCUCAAAAUUCCCCUUUCUUUUUCACUUUUUUAAAAUCAAUUUUGAGACUCUCUGAAAAUGUUUAUAAAAUAAGUUUUGAGAACCAAAACUUUUUAUUCAUGUAUUUUUUAAAUUCAAAUUUGAAUCUCAGUCCCCCCGCGUCGAAGAUGUCCUGUUCGAAGUUCCAAUCGGCGAGCCGGAGCCCUCAAACGGGAGAUUCGCCAGAGCCGCUCCAAAUGAACCGGUCAAAUUCGCUCCACUGCGAAUCCACCUUCACUAUGAUGAGAGUGUCCGGAAGCUGAGUGCCGAGAAGCAGUUAUUUGUCAAUGUAUUCUUAUAAAAAACAGUAUGUUUGUUGAAUAUGGAGUUUUGAGAGCUCAUUGCUACCGGAAGCAGCGGGGUACUGGGAAAAUGUGCUGAGAGUGAGGCCCGUCACGUCGCCGAUCCGGUUGAGAAGGUGAUUUUUUUUUUCAAAGUUAUUGGUCAAAUAAUGACCAUAUGUUCGAUGUGAUAGAAUGAAUGACUGUUAGGGAAUUUUCAGAGCAGCUGAAAAUCAAAAUAGCUAUAAAGGUUACUGAGAAUGUGACCCGAAGAAAAGAGCCCCAAAAAAGUGAACUUUUCGUUGAAUUUUUCGGUGCACCCCGUGUUGGACCUGGAUAUGUUGCAUCCCUGGGAACCGUUUGGAAAAAAAGUAUUCUUCGAGCUACCGUAAGACUGAAUAAUAAAACUAUAGACAACUGUGUCAAAAUAUCAUGAAUCGCUACGAAAUCAGUACCCUAUAGAAAAAAAAAAAUCAAAAAGACCCAGGCAAAGCGCGAAAAUAGUCGAAAAUCCUCGCCUUUGGUCAUUUUUAUUUAGGCAAAAACUCUGUCAAAAUGUAAUUUAUUGAUGGAGCCAAUGAGACUGCUCCAAAUUGCCGUUAUUUUUGGAAAGGUCCAGUUGAAAAUGGAAUUUUGGAAGUCUAAAAAAGAAAAGAAGUUUUUUGAGAGGUCGGAUAGCUUCUGAAGAGUUGGAAAAAAUGAAAUGACCCCCCUAGACAAAUUUUCUUUUUUUCAGAAAAUGCGUCUCCUCGUUCUACUACUACAAGCACGGGAUGCAGAACGUGGCCUGCGACAAGGCGUGUCGUGACGUCACGACCUGCGGAGAAGCCGUCAUCCCGCUGGAGCACAUGCUCCAGUGCAUGUUCUGCAUCUCGUCGGACGACUGUCGCACUUCUGGCGAACAAGGCGCCGGAGUCGCAGAAGCGGACUUCGUUCUGUACGUCACCGCUGUCAACACCAAGCGGUGCGACGGCAUCGACACCCUCGCCUACGCGGCUCAUUGUCAGCAGGAGGUCGAGUUCGAUCGGUGAGUUUGAUGGCCGAAAAAUGAGGAGUCUUUAAAAAAUUAAUGAAAAGUAGGAAAUGCAAAACUCUAAAAUCAGAUCUUGUGCGUCGGGCUGGACGUCCUGAACCGGCAUGGGCUUUGAGAUUUUUUGAAAAAGCCUGCGGGUGAUCAGAUCAGUCCUGAAUUUGAAUAAAAUUUUCAAAUUCCACCAGGAAUUUCCUAGCUCAAGCUUCCAACCCAAAAUAUUUUUUACCUGGUAAGUCAUAGUUUCUGAUGAUAUUUAAGUGAAAAAAAUAACCAAAAAAAGGGAGUUUUUUUCGUGGAAAAGUCUGGCGGGGGGGCUAACGGUCCGGUCCUCACACAGGCCUUAUGCUGAUCCGAACCUUUUUUUACUGUGAGCCCAUUGAAAAUUUUUAAAAAUAAAAUUAUUCCUCGAUUAAACCACUUCGAAUUCCAGACCCAUCGCUGGCCAUGUCAACCUGUGUCCCUCAGCAUUGUCAACUCACAAACACGACCAAGAAAUCCUCGUUUCAACCGUCAAACACGAAAUGUUACACGCGUUGGGCUUCAGCGUCGGUCUUUACGCCUUUUUUCGCGACGAAAAUGGAAAACCGAGAACUAAGAGGUAUUGAUUACGGAGAACCAGACAAAAGAGCUUAUGCCGUGUUCAAAGCAAUUUCCGUCGAAUUCAAAAUCAUUUCUAACUCUCCAAAAUUUAGUUUUCUUUUUCAUUCUCUAACGGCUUCUUUUAGUUUUGCGAAAAUGAAUUUGAACAAGUCAUAAAGAAUAAAUUUCCGAAAAAAUUUUCAUUCGUUGGAUAGUGCGCUCUGCGGCGAACGUAGGUCGAGUAGAGGGGAAUUUUAUUUUUAAUUUUUUUUUUUAGAUUUUUUUUUUAUAGUUUUCCUUUUGGUUUUCUUCGUAAUUACAGUGUUCUUCUAUUUGUUUAAUGUUUAAUUAAGAAAAAAGGGUAUUUUUCACUGUUAAGUGCGAAACCCGUUUCAUGUUUAUUCAGUCAAUUUUAGAAAAAAAGAAAAAAAUUUUUUUGAAAAUUUGUUUUUUUGAACUUAAAUUUUUUUAGUCCUAGCAAAUUUUUUUGUUUUAUGUUUGUGGAAAAAUAAAGUUAUCCUUUCCAAAGUUUUUAAAUUUUCAGAAACCGAUAUGGAAAGCCGACUUCGUUAAAUAAGCAACUAGGCUAUUAUGACUGGGAUAGCAAUACGAUUUCGACGGUUUUGCGGGAAGAUUGGUGGACUGGCGAGGGGAAGGUAAGUAAAAAGAAUAGAUUAACCUAUCACUCGGGUAAAGUCGGAAUGCUGGAUAAUGCCCUCCAAAAGGGAGAGGCUCAAAAAAGGCCGCAGAAAGGCAGCAAAAAGGCUGCAAAAAGGUUGCAAAAAGGCUGCAAAAAGGCUACAAAAAGGCUGAAAAACGGAAGCAAAAAGGCUGCAAAAAAGGCCGCAAAAAAGGCUGCAAAACGGAAGCAAAAAGAGACCCUUUAUCUAGGGACCGCAGACGAAUUUUCAAAAAAUUUUUUUCAGCAUUGAGCUUUGUAUGGUUCGAUAGCUGUUUCGAUUCAAAACUCAGAACCGUUUAGUUUUUUUCAAAAAAAGAUUGAGGAUGAAAAAAAGUUAUGACGGAAAAUGUGGCGCGCCGCGCACCAUUUUUUUAGUACUGAAAUUUUGGUAUUAUCCAUUUUUUUGACAUUUUUUUCUCGAUUUUUCCUUCUAGAACAAGUUUUUGAUACUGGUCUAUUAUGAUGUAAAAAAAUCAUAAUAGAGUGCUAAAAUGAUGCUAAUCAGCUAGUUUGCCAAAAAAAGUCUGUAUUUUUGCAGAAAACAAAAAAACUGGCGCUUGCGGGCAUCGAACUCGCGACCUCAAAAUGAAAAAAAUCGGAGCGCACGCGCUGCGCCAAGCUGUUAGGUCCAGCGCGGGGAGCUUCCAUCCGCCUUACCCCUUGAGCCGUUUAAAUAGCACAGAUUGCCUAUUUCAAAAAUAAAAAUUUGAAGUAAUUUAGCUAUUUUUUUAUCAGAAUAUGUUCGCAAAUCUUUACUCAAACUUUUUCGUGGAAAUUCACUUCGAAAAAAACUGUUUUUUUAGUGCUUUUUGCCUCGUUUAACGAUCGCUGCAUUAAAACGGCCCCGUAAAUUUUUUUGGCAAAGACGAAUUUUUUUAUUUUUAUUCUUUUUAAUUGAAAGAUUUUUUUACUAAUAAAUGUAUAUAAUCGUUUGAAAAAAACCUGCGUUCGAUCGCUUUCUGUGUGAUAAACGCCGCUAAUUUUUAUUCUCUAGUUUCAAGAGCAUUUUUUUGCGUAUUAAACAACUUUUUUUCAAGCAAAGAUGCUGUAGAGAAAUAUUUAAGUAAGCUCAUGAUCUAAAUUUUGAAAAAACGAAAACUCGAUUAUAUUCGCUUAUUAACGAUAUUUUGAUUUAUGACUUUCGGCGCUCCCUAAAUUUUUUGGCAAAGACGAAUUUUUUAUUUUAUUGUUUUAAAAUUACCGUUACUUGAAUCAAAAUCAUUAUUUAAAAAAAGAAAGAGUGCGUUCGACCUAAAAACACUUGAAAAAGCAAAAAACGAUAAAAAAUUUUUAGUUCCAUUCACGUUUUUGUACGACAUUCCGCGCGAACGCAUCAAAAAAACGUGAAAUAUUUUUUAAACGAAAGAGGAAGCUUUUCUGUACAUGUGUGUCAAAUUUUAUUCGCCAGUUCCACAUAUUUUACAACUACAACAAAAUGAAAGUUGAAAACCAAAAAAAAGCCACUUUUUCUAUCGCGAAAAGGGGCGUGGCUUUGCGGUCCCUACCUUUAUCGAGCCUCACAUUUUGCUGGCUCGAGAAGUGGUGGAGAAAGAGAGAGGCAGCAAAAAUGGUGCACAAAGGCUGAGAAAAUGGCGCAAAAAGGCAGAAAAAAGGGAGCCUUCAUCACCCUAAAAAGAAAAUUUCUAUGGACCUUUACGGACCCUCAAAGGCUCCUUCCGAUUUUGCCUAUGUUACAAGUUCGAAGUUCGAAUGAUGCAGCUUUUUUUGUCGUUCCAUCAUAAACACUGUGAAUUUUUCAGGUAGUCCAUCCGGUCCACAUGAUGGUGACGCCGAAAGUACGGGAAGAGGCUCGAAAACACUUCAAAUGUGACAAAUUGGAAGGAGCUGAACUGGAGAACCAAGGCGGCGAUGGAACUUCCUUGACGCAUUGGGAGAAACGCGUUUACGAGGUCCGUUAGGGAAACUCGAAGUAAGAAUCAAGUGGAAAUGGACUUAUUGAUAGCUUAGAAGGGUUUCAAAUAUCAGGCUCUCAAACGAUCUUGAGUGAUCUUUUUUUUCCCUGACCUGCUUUCUUCGACAAGACUCGCAUUAUUUUUAAAAAAACAUAUUCUGAAAGCUUGAAAAAAAUAACUCGUAGCAAAAAAACCUGUAAUAACCGGCUUUUUUUCUAUCGAAUAUUCUUAAUGUUUCAAGUAUCAUUCCUUGCGAGAAGUUUGAGGCUAUUUCAUUUUUGUCAUUAAUGUUACCGGACCUGAAAAGAAAAUAGAAAUUUGCAUUCAUUUAAAAAAAGUUUAGGGUAGACAUUUGUGCUUAGCUGAUUUUUCGUUAUCACUUGUUGCUUUUGAAUACCAGAAAUAAUCGUCAUAAAACUAUUUUACUGGUCAAUCAACGAGUCUCUUUCCAUCAAGGAACGAGAAAUAAAAUUCGACGAGGAAGGUAAUUUAAGUUUGCGGUUGGUACUUUCUUGAAAAUUGGUCCGUAAACUCAUUUUUUUCUUACUAGAAAAGGUCUGAAAGUCUCAGCCUGCACAACUUCUUAGUUUUCACGAAAUAAGAGCUCAGAGUCCUAAAAUGGCCAUUUUAACAGAUUUUGAGGUUUUCCUUUUUUUUUUCAAAGGGUUCUUUAUCGUAAACUAGGGAGUUGUGUCUUCAUCUGGUUCAUAAAUGAGUGUUCUGGCCAAUUUUCAAGAAUUUCUCAAUCCCAAAUUUAAAUGAUCUUUAUUGUCAAAUUCAAGUGAACUCGUUAAGGAUCAGUGAAUACAUCCAUCAUCAUUUGAGCCUUCAGAACGAAGCGAUGACCGGGACUCAUACCCAGAACCCAGUUUACUCAAGAUUAACACUGGCCCUUCUCGAAGACAGUGGAUGGUACCAGCCGAAUUAUGAGUAAAAAUCGACUUUUCUUCAAAAAAAAAAAUGUGGAAGUUCAGAGUUGCUGAAGAACUGCACUGGGGUCGCCACCUUGGCUGCGAUUUCGCGAUGAAAAGCUGCGGAGAGUGGAUUUUCAAGAAGAAAUCGAGGUGAAUCAAUCAGUUUUCCUUGUGAAAUUGGUCUUGAGAAGAUCAAAAAAGACAGUGGCAAAUAAUAAGAGGGUUUAAAAUAAGGAGAAAAAGAAUUUAGACAUGUUGGCGGUAAUAACAGGACAAUAUGACGAUUUUUUUAUGGGCAUUAUCCCAUUUAUAAGUUUGGAGAGUCAAAAUUAGGUUUCCUUUGAUUUCAAGUACCUCUUCCUGAAAAUGCCUUUUUUUCACAGCAUUUGGACCACUUUUCAAGCAUUUUCUGAGCUUUUUCAAUUUUUAAACAAGGUUUUAGUGCAAUAAGUAACAAUUAAAUGGAGAAUUUGGUGCACUUCUUGAUGAUAUUCGUACUGAAAUUGGAGCAAUAACUGAAAAAAAAUUGAUUUUUUUCUUUUUUUGCUGCUCAAAAAAACAAAUAAAAAGUAUUUCAGGCAAGAAGAUCCGUACCCGUUUUGCAGCGAGAUCAAGCACGACGGACGGAAAUCAUUGGCAAUAACUCGGUUUACCUGAAAAACCCGGAAAAUAUCCCAUUUUUCGGCUUCAGAUGCACCUCUCAACGGGAUUCCCUGGCGCUCUGCAACCUGGUCCCAUUCCAAAAAGAACUCCCACCUCAGUUCCGGAAUUUCGAACGGCUGGAUGGAGUGAAUGUCGUCGGCGUGAAACAUUAUGGCGGUUCCGUCGAGCUGGCCGACUUCUGUCCCUACAGCCAGGAGUUCGAGUGGAAGAUGAACAACUCGACGGAGCGAAGGGACUCGAGAUGCGAGCUGGAGGGCAACAACAACGAGGGCGAGCAGGUCCUGGAGGUCUACGGCCAGGCCUCCCGGUGCUUCGAUUUCCCCAAGCCCUGGACCGAGAGGAAGUGCGGCCGCGUCCGGAGCUUGUCCCACUACAUGGCGGGAUGCUAUGAGGUGAAAAUCUGGUUUAUUAAAGAAGAAGGGUUACUUUAAAGAGAGAAACGGUAGGGAAAAGUACCUGAAAAAAAAACGGGCGGGACAUUAUGAGCUAGAGAGUUGGUUUAUAAUAGAAAAGGGGUUGAUUCUGAGCAAGAAACGGUAGAUUAAAAAACGGGCGGGAUGUUAUGAGGUGGAAAAAAGGUUAAUUUUGAAACGGUAGAGUAGAGUAUCUGAAACUUUUCGUCUAAAUUAGAGAACAAAUAUAACCUUACGUCUCAUAAAAAAUUUAACUGGACAUCAUAUUGACUGAAAAAUUAGAAAAACUUAUUGAAAAAAUUACAAAAUCCACGAUUUAAUGAAAAAUGAACAAAAAUGACAAUUUUCGCCCAACUUUUGCAACGUGGUAUUAUACGCCAUCGACACAUAAUGGCGCGGCUCAUUCCAUCUCAGAGCCCUGGAGGAAAAAUGACCUGUGAGAAAUGAGCAUCUGAGAAAAUUGAGCAUCCGAAAAUUGAUUUAAAAAUGCGUUUUUCGAGACAACAUAGGAAAACUAGGUCCUAGGUAACGCAAAGAACGUUUCUGAGCAUUUUUAAUGACGUGAAAACUCUUAAGUGAUUACUUGGAAUGCUCAGAAACGCUCAGGGCACGACCGCUUUACAAGGUCCGAGUAUAGAAAACUUAAUUUUUUUUUUGCUUCGUUUGCCUUAGAUUCUCUCGGAAAAAAGAAUCAUUCUAAAUGACAAUAGGAACUUCACUAUGAAAAAAUCAAUCUUCAUUUUUUGAUGGCCAACUUUUCAGCACCGUUGCGUGAAUGAAACUCUUCAAAUCUCGGUCUACAAUAGCAGUAAAUGGUACGAUUGCCAUGCCGAAGGACAACUGGUUCACAUCAAAAGGGUACAUUUUUAAUCCUUAAAAAACAUGACCUUUGAGAAUAGGAUCAUGGUCAAUGAAAAGCUUCAAAAUGAGUUCGAAAAAAUUUAAAAACUAAAAUUCAAGAGCGACUCAGCUUGAUGAGUUGAAUAGAGGGUUAGUAAAAAAGCUUUUCUUCUAGCUUGAAACUUUUUUUCGAAGUUUGAAGUUAGAAAUUUUAUUAAUCUAGUUUUCUAUAGCUGAUUCACCACAGGCAAAGUCCAAACGACCUCAAAAAGAAGAGCCUCAAGCUCCUUUUUUAGCUCCUAAAAAGUGUCAAAAGUUUCUUUUUUUAAGGUCUUUUUUUCCGAAAAUCCUUUCGAGACCUUUUGGACUUUGCUUGUGACUGGAGCCAUCUAAAAAGGGUCCUGACACGAUAAGAAAAGAGAGUGCAUGGCUGGUGGAGAGCGCAGACAGGCCACGCCCCAAGCUAGCAACGAAUCGAAAAAAAAAUCUCAAAUUAUGUUUUUUACUUUUUGAGUUCAAAAAAUAUCACAGAAGGAUCAAUUUGAAAGAAUCCGAAUUUAAACUUCGGAUUUUUUUAAAUUUUGCAGUGACAAAAAGGCCAGUUUUCAGGUUGUCGACGGCUGGCUCCGAGAAGGCUCCAUCAUGUGUCCAUCCUGCGACUUUUUCUGCGAAAAGUGUGAAACUCCGUCUUCCAUCCCGACUUAUAUCGGAGACCCGGAAAUCGACGAGCCCUGUACUGCACCCAAUCACUUCCAAUACAUUGCCUUGAUAGUCAUUUUAUCAAUAAUUAUCCUAAAUUGAAGCUUAAAAAAAGCAUCCUGUUGAUGAAAUACCGGUUUUUCUCGUAUAAUUCUGAUAGAACCGCUGCUAACGUGUCAUUUUUUGUAUUUAUCCAAUUCAUUUUUCGCUUGGGUAGGAAAAUUAUGAUUUUCGCGUCAAGAUAUCUUUUUGAGUGGCUGUCUAUGCGCCUUUAACUUUUUCGUUGAUUAUUUUUUAUUUUCUGUUUUGAUUUUGAAUUUAAAGUGAUGACGUCAUUCGAAAACGCUCUGUGGAUGGCUCGCUCUCUGAUUGGUUUAUCGAGCCAUUAUGGGCGGAGCUUGAGCGACUUGAAAUACAAAAUUUGAGCAGAAUUUAGGAAAUGCUGAAAUAUAAGUGAUUUGAAAAUGGAUUCAGAAAACUCGAAAUGAAAAUCCCGGAAGCUUUUCAAAUAUUCCUUCGUUUUUAGUGCCCCUUUUUAACGAGAAAAUUUUAAAAAUCACUCUAAAAAGCUAAAAUUUAAAGGCACAUGGCACGCGCUUCGAGGAGGCUUUUGACACGAAAUUGAUUUUUUUUUUCCCCAAAAAAGUGACUAAUGAACUAUACUUUUCUGUAAAUAAUAAUAGUUCAUUUUCCAUUUUAUUUAUCAGAUCCACUUUUCCGUGCCUUUGCGGGUUCACUUUCACUGACCAAAUUUUUCUCCUUUCUUGAAUUUUUCUUUCAUUUUCAGGGAUUCAGCCCAGUUUCUGUCUUUUCCUGACCGGUUCCCAUGUCUUUCUUGCUUUGAAAUUCAUUUUUAAAAAACAUUUUCUGAGUCAUUUGCCGGUGUUUUUCCGCUAAUAAAUGUUGCUUCUCAAAAAAAAAAAGUUUUGUGUGGGAAUUUUUGUGCUAAUUAGUCUGAAUCAUACUUGUAAUGAAGAGAAAGGUUUGCAGCUUUUUUUCCAGGGAAAAGAUUGGUUAAAAAAAUAUGACGUCAUCAAUUAUGGAUCUGACGUCACGCUUUAAGGUUUUUGUCUUGGAAAUAAUAUAUUUUUUUCAUGAAAUUAUUCAAAAAAAUCGGUUCUUUUUUUAUCUUUCCGAAUAAAAUAAACGAUUUGAAAAAAAUUUGAAGCUCUAACAAUCUUCACGGGAAAAAAACUUUUACUUGAGUAAAAAAAUUUAUGAAAUUUUUGUGACUUUUUUUCGUGAACUUCCAGAUUUUUUUCAAAAAAAGACUGCAAAAAAAUAGGCAGUUCUUUUUUCAUAAGUCCGUGUCAUUAAGUUCUUUUUUUAUGAAGUAAGAAAAUUUUUGGAAGGCAAAAAUAUUUUUAGUUAAAGUUCCGGGUGAAACUCUUGAAAAAAACCUUGAAAAGUUCGAAAAAAAGGUUAGUUAUAAAUAAAAUUCGGAAAAUCUUUUUUUGUUUUAGGAAGAUCUAAAAAAAUUUUUUUAAGCUUCUGAUUGAGCUUGAUUUUUUUAUAAUGACAUAAAUUCUAUAAAAAAAGGCAUGAAGGACAGCAUAAUCAUUGAGUUUUUUUGAAGGAGACCUGAAAAAAAAUUACAAAAAAAUUUAUGAAAAGUCCUUAUCUAUUCAAAAAAAUACUUUCUACGGUGUUUAAAGGACCAUAGGCGAACUUCACAAAGGUCUCGAAGCGAACAACUUUUUUUUAAGGGCUUUUCUGCUUCAAAAGCCUAUGAAGAGUAUUUUUGAAAGGUCUCUACUCAAUAUUAAGCUUUUGAAUCUCUCAAAAAGGUGCCACGCACGGUAAUCCGCUAAUUGCACCUAUCAAAGGUAAUCCUGUAAUUAGACCUGGGAAGAUGGACCCCGAGAACCUAAUAAUAAAGAAAAAAAAGACCGAUGUCAAGUGUUGGUUGUCAGGACGACGGCAGCUGCGAAAAUCUGGACCCAGCCCUCCGUCCCAUUCAGAAAAAGAGAUCUUAUCACCUAUUCCGUUUCCGGUCCGAGAUAAUCCCGCCCUCGGUUCCGUCGGAGCUCAAUUAGAAGAAGGGGAGUCUCUUCUGAGCGACGGUGGGUUGCCUUUUUCCGUUCUCAUCAACCUGAAUUAUUCAUUUGUUUUUUUGAAUUUUGGGUUUGAUGGCUCUUGCAUGGUUUGCUUAGGAGUUCAAGAGUGGUCCCUAUAGGGGUUAGCGGUAAAGGCCCUAUAGUGACCGGAAGUCGGUUAUGGGGAAAACAGCCCCUAUAGACCAACCGGUUUUUCAAAGCAGUACCCAUAGGGGUUUAGAGUCUGACCCAUUAGCCCCUAAAGCUUAAGUGGUCCCUAUAGGGGUCGUUUAAUUUUAUACAAAAAAGGUUAUUUUUUCAGUUGUUCGCAUGGAAAUGCUUCUUCGAGUUCAUAAAAAUAUUAAAUAGCAUGUCCCCUCUAGUGACCACUUUUUCAAGCUUUAGUGGACCCUAUAGAGAUGAAAUUUCAGGUGGUCUCCAAGGGCUUCCAAGGUUGCCCCUAAAGGGACCACUAUGAUGUUUUCUAAGUAAAGGCGGUCCACGGUUAGCUUGCGACUAAAAAGUCUUGGCCUGUCUGCGCUCUCCACCAACAAAGCACUCUCUCUUAUUUUUUUUUCGUGUCAGGACCCAUUUUCCGAUGGUUCAAGCCAGCCGUGAAUCAACUAUCUUGUGCUAAUAACUGGUUUCCGGUUCCUUUCUGGGGCUGUUUUGCGCCAUUUUUGGAGCCUCAGAUCUUUUGAAAAAUACUUUUUCUGAAACAUUGUUUCCUCAUUUUUCGCAAGUUUGACAAUUCCAGAAAAAGCAGCCAAGAUAGCGGGCUAUCACAUGCUCCGCGCUUCGACCGAAGUCGACUAUCCGUAUUUUCCUUUUCGGAUUCCCGUCGAUUUUGUUCUGGUCAAUGCUGUUGGCGAUGGAGAUCUCAAUCAGCACAGGAGGAUCGUCUUUGAGAAGGUACUGAUUGAAAUUAAGUUGGUUUUUAAUGGAAAGUAGGGGUUUGAGUUUGUUAAAACGGCGAAAAUCAUUUGAAAGACUUUCUCUUUUAUGAAAAAAGUUUUAUUGGAUUCUAAUAGCUGUAGUUUUUCCAAAUUCAAAAUGAAAAUUUUUUCGCUCAUGCUCCGCCCCUAAUGGCACUAUAAGCCAAUCAGAGAUCGAGCCAUCCACAGAGCGUUUUCGAAUGACGUCAUUGUACUUGGCAUUCAAAAUCUGAACAGACUAUAGUUCAGUGAAUUUUUUGAAGCUCAGGAAAAGUUGAACUCUGAGUUUUCUGAUCUCAAUCGUGCGCUCCAGCAAACUAGGCCUCUGAUUGGCUGGCCACGCCCAUUUUAGUAACCAUAGAAAUUCCUUUAGGUUUAUCAUUGUGUAGCGAAAUAGUUAUGUUAGGUGAGAAAUUUUAAAAAAUCCUAACUUUUUCUUAAUUUAUUCAUUCAGUUAAAUAAUUCGAUUUUCGACUUUUUUUAUGACAAACAAAGGUACUUAGAAACCGAAAAAAAAUUUUUUGGUUUUUUUUAAAGUUUGUUCGAUUUAGUAGAGGCUCGAUGAAGUUCAGGAUAUUUUUAAAUUCAGGCAAUCCGUCGAGAAGGCCUCAUCGUGCAACACGAAACGGCGGGCCAGCUGCAUUUCACCUUGAUUAGUGCACCUUUUCAUCGCCUUUGCCGAGAAGCCGAACGUCUACAAAUCCCCUUCCCAUUGAAAGACGUGUGUCAUUUGAAAAAUGCCGCAAAAACACCUGUUAAAAAACACGCCCCAGAAAAGACGCACUGGCGCACAAUUUUAUCAAAAUUCGUGGAAAUUUUUGAAAUUGCAGUCAAAGUCAAGUAAACUGAUGGCUUUACAUAGCUCAGGGGAUUCCUAUAAUAUAUUUUUUCAUUUAGAGUGAAAAAUGGCACCCUUUGGUUACUUUUUUUCAGCUUUCAUAUAUCGCUUUUGCUGCCUUUUCUCUUUUUUGCAUCCUUUUUUGAGCCUUUUACAGCUUUUUAAAUCUUUUUUUUAGCUUGAAGUCUUCAUAUCUUUGAUAAAAAUUGAAGUAUAUUCAAACAAAAAAAAACCUUUUUGCAACGUUUUGCGGGUUUUUUUUUCAACCUCACCCUUUCUGCUAUCAUUUUCUGGUCUCUUCACGAAUUUUUUACCUCCGGGUUACAAUUUCGAUGCACAAGACCGGCCUCUGUGUAUGCGCCUCUGAUUAAGCCUUAAAUUUCUCAUUAUCUUAAAGGCGCACGCACAAAGAAAGGCUGCGGGUCUCGAGAGGGAGAGUACUGUAGCUCGGAGGAAAAUAAUCGUGAUAAGCUGGCGCGAAAUGGACUAUGAUAACCAAUUUAAUCUACAUUUUUAAGUGCCUGGUGACGCCAGGAACACCUUCAUGUUGCUUCUCCCUGUCCAAGGUCUUCGUGACGGAUGAUGAUGGUAGGCUUUUUUCAGAGAUUUUGAAAUUAUUUCAGGGAAAAUUUUUUCUUUUUUAAUCACUAAAACUGUUAUUUGUAGAGCUAAUUUUCACAAGAUGACUUGAGUUAAUUAAUUAGUUAUAUGAACAAGAAUCGAUGGGGGCGUGAUCAAAACAUCCACCGUUCCCAUGUGACGUCAUGGGAAACAAGCGUGAGCAACAGGGAAUAUUAAAGGCGCAUGUUCAAUGGGUCAUGAGACGAAUCUACUCCAAUUUAAAAAACCCGAUUUUUCUGUUUCAUUUUUUUAAAAAACAAACGCCGUGUUGAAAGUUAUUCCGCAAAAUUUAAAAUAGCCACCAGAUAGUGAAAAUUAUAACUGAAUUUCAGAAAUUGAGAUCACUAAGAAUAACUGACGAGAUAAACGCGAGCUCGGUGGCGGUACAUUGACUAACUCGCAAAAAUGUCGCUUUUUUCUAGGCGCGAUCCCGCAUUUAUCUCGGCGCGACCUCGCAUUUUUCUCGGCGCCAUCUCGCAUUUAUCUUGCAUUUCGGAAAUUUUCAAAUUGCGAGAGAAAUGCGAGCUCGCGCCUAGAAAAAUGCGAGCUCGCGCCCAGACUAAUGCGAAACCGGCGCGAGAAAAAAAGCGAGAUGUUUGCGAGCUCGUCAAUGUACCGCCAGUGUCUCGCGUUUAUCUCGGCAGUUAUUCUUAGUGAUAUCGCGAAAAUUACUCCAAACGCGGUAUGUGCGAGAGCGCCGCGGUGCAUGCACACGAUACACUACACUUUACGGGAAAAAAAAAUGGGCGGGGCGUCGCCAAAAAAACGCCAUGCUUUGAACACGGCAUCAGAGAGUUGACAAUUUUGGCGCUUUCAUUUUUUUUUUUGGUCAAUUGUUUUUAAAAAUCGUUAUUUUUUCCCAUUUUCAGUCCAUUUCAUCCACGCGCCAUUCCAACGGAAAAACGGGCUUCUGUACCUUAAUUACACCAACGAGAAGAAGUUUUUCACCUGUGCUCAACGAUGCCAUCUCACCCAUCAAAUCCUGGCUCAGAUCGAUAUCAGCAAGGAAAUUGAUGAAAAUGAGGCGACCAGGAAGAUCUUUGUGAUUUCAUUCAUGGCUAAAAAGAUGAUUGAGGGUAGAAUUUAAGGAGUCCAAGUCGUCGACGAUGACGAUUAUCAACGACGAACCGUUGAGUCGAAAAGGCCUUCAUUAUUUGUUGAUGCAGGAGGCGUAUACUGAAGCUUUUGUUCUUCAUUCGCCGAGCGAGGUUUUAGAAGAAAGACAAAAAGUGGGAAAAAAAAGUUAGCGGAAUCCUAAAGUCAACCCCCACGAAAAAAAUAAUAAAAAAACACGUCAGGAAAAUUGACUAUACUUAAGUAUUUGCAUUGGGAAAGGCUCCAUAUAAAUUUUCCUUUUAGGGUGACAAAGCUUUAUUUUCUGCGACCUUUUUGAGCCAUUUCAUCGGCCUUAUGAACCAUUUUUGCUGCCUCUCCCCUUUUCCACUUUUUUUUGAGCCUUCAUAAACUAGAAAAAAUUGAAAGACUCGAUAAAGGGACUCUUUUUGUAACUUUUCUGCGCCCUUUUUUGAGCCUCUCCCUUUUAGCAACUAUUAUUCACCAUUCCGACUAUGCCCGAGUGUACAGAAUGUGCUGAAAUUAUUAGAAAUUAGAACUUUCAGAAAGAAAUCCCCAGUAUGAAUUUGAAUUGACCUGUGCUCUAAUUGAGAGCGUUUCAUAAUUGAAAAAACUAAAAUUAUUAACAAAGUAAGAUUUUCGCCUAGCAGAGUUUUCACUUGUUUUUUUUUUGUCACAAUGUCGGAAAAUAAUAUUAAAAUGGCCGUAAUCCUAUCGAAAUUGAGGGCUUGCACGGAAUGAGCUAAAUUUAAAAUGAUUCCGAACUUUUUAGAGACAGAGGAGACAUUUAUUUAUAGACUUUGAUUUGAAAAAAAUUUGGGUAAAUUUAUUUUCGAAAGUUAAAUAGAAAUUCGAAAUUUUGAAAUUUUUGAAAUGUUUUUCUAACUUUUUAUCUUCAAUCGAUUAAGUGUUAAUAUGAUUUCAUGUGCAAAAAGACUAUUUUCUUCGCUGAAAAUUCCUUUUUCAGGAAGAACCUUACUUCAAAAAGAUGAAGGAAAACAGCUUUGUCAACUUCAUGGAACUUGUUUCGGAGAUUGAAAAUGACCAGAGGAAAAGGCUGAGCGAGUCUUGGUGCAAGUAAGGCCCAAUCUUCAAUAAGCUACCAAAAAAAAGGGUUCAGAUGGUACAAGUUCCAGCCUUUGAAUCAGAUCCGUGAUUAUUUCGGCGAACAAAUCGCUUUUUAUUUCGCCUGGCAGGGCACUUUUGUCACAUUACUAUGGCCGGCGACGCUUUUCGGCCUUUUUGUGUUCAUUUAUGGCUUUGUGGACAGGUUUCAUCAUUAGGAAAUGGCUCGAAAUUCAAAAAAAGUGCAAUUUUAGCGUCAAAACCAACCCGGCGAACUUUGGGAACUGUACAAAGUUGACCUACCAAGGGGACGAGAAAAUCGUCCCUUGUCAGUUCAAAACGAGGUAAAUUGUUAGGAACUCCAGAGCAGUCCUUAUAAAGCCCACUUCACCAACCCCUAUAGGGUCCACUUGAGCUUUAGGGGCUGAGAGGUCAGACCUUAAACCCCUAUAGAGACCACUUUAAUUGAACCCCUAUAGGGACUUUUUUUUCGACAGCUUUAGAGGUUGUUUUUACACCUUAACCUCCCAUAGGGACCACUCUGGGAAUCCUAAGUUGUAAAAUCUAUAUCUUUGGUCGCGUUUAGAAUGGCUCAAUGCGUUGCGGUCGCGUAGCGGUUUCUUUAGAGUGCGCCCGACUCGAAAUGACUUACGCUUAGCAGGGGAAUUUCUGGAUGAAGAUUCCUAGAUGGAGUUUUUUAUGCUGAUUUCGAAGUUGAGAAAUGUCCAAAAAAUCAUUGAAAAAAGUGAUUAGUAAAUCCUUCUUUUCAAUUUUCAAAUCGCCAAAAAUUAUCCUGUGUUCUCAAUGGGAUUUCUGGUAUCGACAAAUCCACGUUCAUUUUCAAUUUGAGGUCUGAAAAGAGAAAUUGCUGACUUUUUACUUCUUGAAAAAUGAUGGAUUGCGUAUCAAGCCAUUCCAAGUGCGACCAAAAGGUUCGAAAAGAGGCUUAGCUGACGUCGGAGCGCCCCGGGUCGUCCCGCGAUUCGAAGUAGCCGCCCUUGGGCGACCCCACGUUGAAAAUGAGUGAAAAAGUUAAGAAAAAUCGCCUAUUUGACCGCUUCACGGGUUGGGUCACCCCCGGGAGCGUUGCGGUAGCCCCUGGGCGUCCCAGUUUUAUCAGCAGCUCUGACCGCCCCCCUAUCGAUCUAGAUGACUUUGAAUCCCCGGUCCGGUAUCUCCUGGGCGCCGCGCCUCAUCAGCAGCUCUGA